CUCCAGCUCCAGCUCCAGCUGCUGUCGCAUCCUCAGACUCGGCGACAGCAGCGUCUUCGACCGCGACUCCGGGCCAGACCCCGGCCUCCGCGCAAGCCCCAGCGCAGACCGCUGCGCCCUCACUGGCUGGCCCUGCUCUUCCAGGGCCCUUUCCUGGCGGCCGCGUGGUCAGGCUACACCCGGUCAUUUUGGCCUCCAUCGUGGACAGCUACGAGCGACGCAACGAGGGCGCUGCCCGAGUUAUCGGGACCCUGCUAGGAACCGUUGACAAGCAUUCAGUGGAGGUCACCAAUUGCUUUUCAGUGCCGCACAAUGAGUCAGAAGAUGAAGUGGCUGUUGACAUGGAAUUUGCUAAGAACAUGUAUGAGUUGCAUAAAAAAGUCUCUCCAAAUGAGCUCAUCCUGGGAUGGUACGCCACAGGCCAUGACAUCACAGAGCACUCGGUGCUGAUCCACGAGUACUACAGCCGGGAGGCCCCCAACCCCAUUCACCUCACUGUGGACACGAGUCUCCAGAAUGGCCGCAUGAGCAUCAAGGCCUACGUCAGCACUUUAAUGGGUGUCCCCGGGAGGACCAUGGGAGUGAUGUUCACACCUCUGACGGUGAAAUACGCUUACUAUGACACAGAACGCAUUGGUGUUGACCUGAUCAUGAAGACCUGUUUCAGCCCCAACCGGGUGAUCGGACUCUCAAGUGACUUGCAGCAAGUAGGAGGGGCGUCGGCGCGCAUCCAGGACGCCCUGAGCACAGUGCUGCAGUAUGCCGAGGAUGUCCUGUCUGGAAAGGUGUCAGCCGACAAUACUGUGGGCCGCUUCUUAAUGAGCCUGGUUAACCAAGUACCCAAAAUAGUCCCCGAUGACUUCGAGACCAUGCUCAACAGCAACAUCAACGACCUGCUGAUGGUGACCUACUUGGCCAAUCUCACACAGUCACAGAUCGCCCUCAAUGAGAAACUUGUAAACCUGUGAAUAGGCCCCCAGCAGCCCUCCUGCCAGUCUGGACUAGGACUCACAAUGAAGUGGAGAAGAAAUGCUUUCUUUGUGGUCUUGAGUCAUAGUGAGUCAGUCAGCUGCUCAUGACUCUAAAUAAACAUCCAACCUAUUACAAGUGAA